GUGUCAUUUUGUCAGUGAAAAUUUCGAAAAAGGUAAACAGGUAACAACCCUGCCUGUAAUAUGGCAAUGAUUUUGAGUCUAUCCCUGCCAUCAUUGGAGGGUCUGAAAGUCGCACCUUUGGAUAACCCCAAGGGGCAGUCCAAGGGGCAGGACUUCCCAGGGUCGGUAGAAGGAAUGCGCAAGCGUCAGGUGGCCACCAGAGACCUGCUGCCGGUGGCCAAGGGUAUCAUCCCGGGCCGAGGUUCCAGGCUGGGACGCGGAGACCCACGGCCCUCCUUGGGAUCCCUGGCAUCCUGGAGGAAAGGUGAGGGCGCAUCACCCCCUGGCGGCAGCCGGGCAGACUCCAAAGCGGCCGAGGUGGUGCUGCGCGCCGCGCUGUCUCUUCUUCCUCUAGCGAAGGCAAGCGAUGCUGCUGCAGGGACAUUUCGCUCGCGCCGGGGGCCAGCUCUGCAUUCUCGCUUCGUUUCUCGGACAACAGCAGCGUUAGUGCUAAGAGCAGCACUGUGCAGCCCGCCCAUCCCGCCCCCAAAGCCAACUAACCCUCCCACACUCGCUUUCUGCAGGAGGCGGAGUUUUCAAGCUGAGAGGCCGUGAGCGCCUAGAGCUGGGUGACCGCAGGGAAAGUCCUUCCUGAGGGACAAGGGCCGCUCGCGCCGCCAGAGCAGGUGAGUUCUUGAACUUGAGAGAGCCUAGGACGCACCUGGGCAGGUGCCUGGGUGGUGGCCCUUGAGAGUCAACAUAAGUCAACGAGGCCAGGACCGAACCAGCCGGCCUGAAAGUGCGCGAUGUCCUUCCUGUCCAGUGUGAGUGGGCAUUGUCCAAUCUGUUGAGUGCUUGACUAGAACAAAAAAGAAAGAGGAAAGGCCAAUUCUCUCUCUUGAGCUGAGACAUCGUCUCCUUCUGCUCACUGCCCAUGGUUUGGGGCUUCCUACUCCUUAGCCUUAGGAGUGCAGGACUUAUAUCCGUGUCUUCACCUUCCCGCAGUCGCCUCCAUUCCUCGGGCCUUUGAACUAGGACUGAAUUAUACCACCAGCUUUCCUGAUUCUCUAGCUUGCAGAUGGCAGAUGGUGGAACUUCUUAGCUUCCAUAAUCUCAUGAGCGAUAAUAAACACACACACAC